AUGUCGACCCGUGAUCUGCUGCGUCACAUAUUCCGGUACGGCCCACGAGACAACGUAAGCGAAGGCGCCAUGCCGCUUGGCCUCGGGAAGUCACGUACAAAGCUCGCUGGCAUGUCUGUACAUGACGACCCGGAGUUGGGAGGUAUCUACAACAAUCAACAACCUUUUAUCAAAACAUUCGCACCUCCACCAAGGACGCCCGAGCCUUUUGGUCUACAGGAUAUUGCUGAAGAAAAUAAUAUCGAUACUCCUUCACCGAUCGACACCGCCUCAUUGACAGAGACACUGACUUCACUCGACCUUGAGAUCAGUACCUUUUCCCCUCUUGAACUCGUCCAUGCUACACUAGACGAAGCCAAGACGUCCGUUGAAGAUCAUUUCGAUACAAUCCAAACCACGCUUGCGCUGUUGGACGCCCUUGAUGGGUUUAGCGCUACCAUUUCCGAACUCAGGAAGGAAAUGUUGGAGAAGAAGCAGGCAUGUGAGGAGAAGAUGGUAAUGCUGGAUGCCGUCGAGCGGGAAAUUGAGGGCACGUACUUUGCGGGAGAAUCGCAUGAAGAUAAUGCGGUGUAUAAGGCUGGAAAGUAG